GGGCCGGGCUGCGUGCGGGGCGCGCGGUGGUUACUCUGGUUACUGUCCGCGAGGGAUGCUGGGGACCCGGCCGUCCCGCGUCCUCACCGAGCUCUGACGGACGCUCUCCGGAGACAGCCAUUCACCCUCGAGGAAGGCAAGUGGCGGUCGGGCAGGUUCCGGGCCGUGACUUCGGGGCUGGCUGAGGCGAGGUCUCCGGGGAGAGCUGCGCUGCCCCGCUCCAGCCGCGCUUCGGGACUCCGGGGCCAUCUUUUGUUGGAGGCUGCCGGGCAGUGUCGCGUAGGGGCAGCUUUCCCAGCACCCUCAUCCUUGUAUGCCAACUCCUUCCUACCGAGCACUUGCUGCAACUGACAAAAGGCCAUUUACAGCCCGAGGAGUGGACAUCGAAGUACACAGCAACACUCGUACCCCUCACCCCAGUGUAAACAUAGAGACACCCGUCUGUCAGUUGGCUGAAUGAAGAAGGGUCUCUAAUCAGGUGCUGUAGGCAGGCUUUAAAUCCUGCUUUCUAAGUCCUGGACAACUUAAUACGUUUGUACUCUGAAUGAUUUCAAAAAUUGAUCUCAUCUGACUCGUGAUCCCGAAACUGUUGGCAGGAAGGGGUUGGGCCAGUGUCCCAGGCCCCUUUUGAGAACCACAUUUUGGGGAGAAAGUUUUAAUCAUCAAACCCCUCCCGAGGGGAAAAAAAAAGACCACCCCAAAACAAAUCAAAACAAAACAAAAAACCCAAAAUUCCUCAGCCUUGGCACCAAAGAAGCUUUUGAGCCAUGUGGACUUUUCUUGGCAUUGCUACCUUCACCUAUUUUUAUAAGAAAUGCGGGGAUGUCACCCUGGCCAACAAGGAGCUCCUCUUGUGCGUGCUGGUGUUCCUGUCGCUGGGCCUGGUGCUCUCCUACCGCUGUCGCCAUCGAAACGCGGGCCUCCUUGGUCGCCAGCAGAGUGGCUCCCAGUUCGCUGCCUUCUCUGAUAUUCUCUCAGCUCUGCCUCUUAUUGGCUUCUUCUGGGCCAAGUCACCCCCUGAACCAGAAAAGAAAGAGGAGCUGGAGUCCAGUAAGUGCAGAAAAGAAGCCAGUAUUUCAGAAACAACAUUGACAGGAGCAGCUACCUCAGUGUCAGCAUCUUCUCUGAAUGAUCCGGAAGUUAUCAUUGUGGGGGCUGGUGUACUCGGAUCUGCCUUGGCAACGGUUCUUUCCAGAGAUGGAAGAAAGGUGACGGUAAUCGAGAGAGAUUUAAAAGAGCCUGACAGAAUCGUUGGUGAGCUUCUGCAGCCAGGUGGUUACCAUGUUCUUAAAGAACUGGGCCUCGGAGAUACAGUAGAGGGUUUCAAUGCCCAUUUUAUACACGGCUACAUAGUUCACGAUUAUGAAAGCAGAUCUGAAGUUCAAAUUCCAUACCCGUUGUCAGAAAACAACCAAGUGCAGAGCGGAAUUGCUUUCCACCAUGGCAAAUUCAUCAUGAGUCUCCGGAAAGCAGCUAUGGCAGAGCCCAAUGUGAAGUUUAUAGAAGGUGUUGUGCUUCAGUUGCUAGAGGAAGACGGCGCCGUGACGGGAGUGCAGUACAAGGACAAGGAGACUGGAGACACCAAGGAGCUCCACGCCCCGUUGACUAUUGUUGCAGAUGGGCUUUUCUCCAAGUUCAGGAAGAACCUUGUCUCCAAUAAAGUUUCUGUUUCAUCUCAUUUUGUUGGCUUCCUUAUGAAGAAUGUACCACAGUUUAAAGCCAAUUUUGCAGAGCUUGUUCUGGUCAAUCCAAGUCCAGUUCUCAUCUACCAGAUUUCAGCCAAUGAAACACGGGUACUUGUUGAUAUCCGUGGGGAAAUGCCAAGGAAUUUAAGAGAAUACAUGGCCGAACAGAUUUACCCACAAAUGCCUGACCACCUGAAGGAACCGUUCCUGGAGGCCUCUCAGAACUCUCGUCUGCGGACCAUGCCAGCAAGCUUCCUUCCUCCUUCCCCUGUGAACAAACGAGGCGUUCUCCUUCUGGGAGAUGCAUAUAACCUGAGGCAUCCUCUUACUGGUGGAGGGAUGACAGUUGCUUUAAAAGAUGUAAAAUUAUGGAGAAAACUGUUAAAAGACAUUCCUGACCUUUAUGAUGACGCUGCUGUUUUCCAGGCCAAAAAGUCAUUCUAUUGGUCAAGAAAAAGGACUCAUUCCUUUGUUGUGAAUGUGCUGGCUCAGGCUUUGUAUGAAUUAUUUUCUGGUACAGAUGAUUCCUUGCAUCAGCUACGAAAAGCUUGCUUUCUUUAUUUUAAACUUGGUGGAGAAUGUGUGACGGGUCCCGUUGGGCUGCUUUCUGUAUUGUCUCCAUACCCUCUAGUGUUGAUCCGACACUUCUUUGCUGUUGCUGUCUAUGCCACGUAUUUCUGCUUUAAAUCUGAGCCGUGGGCUACAAAACCCCGAGCCCUUUUCAGUAGUGGUGCUGUACUGUACAAAGCGUGUUCUAUAAUAUUUCCUCUCAUCUACUCAGAAAUAAAGUAUCUGAUUCAUUGAAGGGGAAACCACUUGGAAGUCAAGCCCAUUGAGACUUGAAGAGGAUGUAUAUAGCAUAGAACUGUAUGACUUCCUUGGAGACUCAAGGACCAAGCUUGUGUAUAAGCAUGUAAAUAUAUGCCUUAAUUUACAAUUGAAAAUGAAGGGUUGAAUAAGCUAGAUGUUUAAAAGAAUGAUUGUUUCCACAAAUUAGUGCUAACACUGAAGUUUUUCUUGAUUUCAGUAUUUGGGGUGAUUCACUGGGACAUGCAAAUAAAAUGAAGAAUAAACUCUUA